AUGAGUAUUUCAUAUAUUUUUUUAAUUAACAGACAAGGAAAAAUCAGACUUGUUAAAUGGUUUACAACAUUAAGUUUAAAAGAAAAAUCAAGAAUUUUAAAAGAUGUUUCACAGAUUGUUCUUCAAAGAAGAUCAAAAACAUGUAAUUUUUUAGAAUAUAAAGAUGAAAAAAUAUGUUACCGUCGCUAUGCAUCUCUUUUCUUUAUUCUUGGUAUUGAACAAACAGAUAAUGAACUAAUUACUUUGGAAAUUAUUCAUCGUUAUGUUGAGGCACUUGACCGAUAUUUUGGCAAUGUGUGUGAGCUGGAUAUUAUUUUUAAUUUUCAAAAAGCAUAUUUUAUUCUUGAUGAAUUGAUUAUGGCUGGAGAAAUGCAGGAAAGCAGUAAAAAAGCCAUUCUUAAAACUAUUUCACAGCAAGAUACACAAGAAGAUAUUGAAAAAGCUGAAGAUACUCUCGGAAUUUUAAAUGUUAACUUAUAA